UCGAACACUACUGUUCUUGUAAAAUAGCAAAUCUAUCUUGAACCUUCGAAUCCCGAAAACUCGAAAUCUCGAUCAAGCUAUGGCUCUUCCGAAUCAGCCGACUGUGGAUUACCCUAGCUUCAAGCUCGUCAUCGUCGGCGACGGCGGAACAGGGAAGACUACUUUUGUGAAGCGACAUCUCACUGGAGAGUUCGAGAAGAAAUACGAACCGACGAUCGGCGUUGAAGUUCAUCCGUUGGAUUUCCACACCAAUUGUGGGAAGAUAAGAUUCUACUGCUGGGACACGGCUGGCCAGGAGAAGUUUGGUGGACUCAGAGAUGGAUACUAUAUUCAUGGACAGUGUGCCAUUAUCAUGUUUGAUGUGACUGCUCGUCUGACGUACAAGAAUGUCCCAACUUGGCACCGUGAUCUCUGCAGGGUGUGUGAGAACAUUCCAAUUGUGUUAUGCGGUAACAAGGUGGAUGUAAAGAAUAGGCAGGUGAAAGCAAAGCAGGUCACCUUUCACAGGAAGAAAAAUCUCCAGUACUAUGAAAUCUCUGCCAAGAGCAAUUACAACUUUGAAAAACCUUUCUUGUACCUGGCCAGGAAGCUUGCAGGAAAUACGAAUGUGGUCUUUGUUGAAUCACCUGCUCUCGCUCCUCCAGAGGUUCACAUUGACUUGGCUGAACAGAGAAAGAUUGAAGAGGAAAUGGACAGGGUUGUACACCAACCACUUCCAGAUGACGAUGAUGAUCUGUUUGAGUAGCUUGCUUGAUGCUGCUUUCACAGUCAGCUAACCACCUUUUGUUAGUCGAGGGAUGUUCUGGUGCUUUUGUAAAGGAUGGAAAUUAGUUGGUGUUAGCAGCGUCAUAUGUACUCGGCGUGUAUGCAUUUGUUUUGUGCACUCAAAUAUGAAUGCAGUUUAUGAUUUCAC